AUGAGGCUAAUUAUCGGGCAAGUUCAUCGGAAUGUUCUUGCGCUGGCGUCAUCUCGGUCAUGCUUUGUCAUUGGUGACCAUCUCCCGUUCAGAAUGCUGUCGAUGCCACGGGCAUCAGGGUUCCAUCAGACUGCUUGGCGGGGUAGUCAAACUGUCAAGGACAGCGGCAGCACACUAACUCUGGCUAGCCUGGAAGUCCAAAGCAAAGCUGAUUAUGUGAAGAAGGAAAGGGUGCCACAAAGCAAAGCUGAUUAUGUGAAGAAGGAAAGGGAGCCACAAAGCAAAGCUGAUUAUGUGAAGAAGGAAAGGGGGCCACGAACUGGAGAGCCGAAGCCAAGCUCAAGAGAUUCUGGUUUCAGUGUGAAACCAAAGAAGGUUUCUUCGCUUAGUCUGAAGCCAGCGAAGAGUGCAUUACCAAAGCCACCAGUGGUGAAGAAGAAGCUGAAGAUCGACGAGGCUUUAUUUUCUGCAAGCUCAUUUGAAGAGCUCGGUCUGCCGCCUUUGCUCAUUGACCGGCUGAACAAGGAAGGCCUGACCUCUCCAACUGAGGUCCAGUCCGCUUCUAUUCCUGUCAUAUCUCAAAGGCAUGAUGCGGUUAUCCAAUCAUAUACAGGGUCGGGGAAAACACUCGCGUACCUUCUCCCUAUUCUUUCUGAAAUAGGCCCCCUGAAGAGGGCUAGAGAACAGGGUAAUUCUGAAAAGAGAUCAGGUAUAGAAGCUGUUGUCGUUGCUCCUUCAAGAGAACUAGGAAUGCAGAUAGUGCGAGAAGUGGAGAAGAUACUGGGUCCUGAUGAUAAGAGACUUGUCCAGCAGCUUGUUGGCGGUGCUAACCGUUCGAGGCAAGAGGAAGCACUGAAGAAGAACAAGCCUAUUAUAGUUGUUGGAACACCUGGCCGUAUUUCGGAAAUUUCAGCGGCGGGCAAGCUACAAACUCACAACUGCCGUUUUCUUGUACUGGAUGAAGUUGACCAGCUCUUAUCAUUUAAUUACCGCGAGGAUAUGCAUAGGAUACUGGAGCAUGUUGGAAGGAAACCUAGCACUUCAUCUUCUAGUCACAUCCUUGGCCCACUUGCUAGGCGGUCUGAACGUCAGACAAUCUUGGUUUCAGCAACAGUGCCGUUUUCAGUUAUACGCGCAGCCAGGAGUUGGGGCCAUGAUCCAGUUCUUGUUAGGGCUAAGAGUGUAGUCCCGCUUGACUCGAUCACUGUUCCAAGGCCCAUGCUGUCCCAGGGUGACCCUAACUCUGAUUCUCCAACAAUGUCAGUGAAUCAAGCUGCAGUUGACAGCUUACCACCAUCCUUGGAGCAUUACUACUGUACAACCAAGGCUCAUCACAAAGUUGACACCUUAAGGAGAUGCAUCCAUGCCCUGGAAGCAGAGACGGUGAUUGCAUUUAUGAACAACACCAAGCCACUGAAGGAUGUUGUGUUCAAGUUGGAGGCCCGUGGGAUGAAAGCUAUCGAGCUACAUGGAGAUCUUGGGAAGCUUGCAAGGUCAACAGUCCUGAAAAAGUUCAAGGCCGGUGAAUUCAGGGUUUUGGUCACAAACGAGCUGUCUGCCAGAGGACUGGACAUACCAGAGUGCGACCUUGUGAUCAACCUGGAUCUUCCCACAGACUCUACACACUACGCCCACAGAGCUGGACGGACUGGACGUCUUGGGCGGAAAGGGACCGUUGUCUCAAUAUGUGAAGAAAGCGAGGCAUUUAUCAUGAGGAAAAUGCGCAAGCAGUUGGGUGUGGCCAUCAAACCAUGCGAAUUCACUGAAGGCCAGAUUACCGUUCAUAAAGAGGAAGACGUGGAAUAA